UCUCUUGAAGAGCAAGCUAAAUCUACUGCUGCAAUGGCAAAGCUAAUUUUGUUGUGCCUGAAAUUUAUGAUGUUAUGCGGCACUCUCGAAGCUGUGUUUGAGGAUCAAGUAGGGAAAUUUGACUGGAGGCAGCAAUAUGUUGGCAAGGUUCGCUUCUCCCAUUUUGACACACAUAUGCAGUCAUCCAAAAAGGUGCUGCUAGCAACAGAGAAUAAUGUCUUUGCCUCACUCAACACCAGAACUGGAGAACUCUUCUGGCGACAUGUUGAUAAGACUGGGCCAGAGGGAACCAUUGAUGCUCUUCUGCAACAUGGACAAGAUGCGGUGCUGGUGGUUGGAAAUGGUCGCUUGCUGCGCUCAUGGGAGAUAAAUAUUGGUGGUUUGAACUGGGAGAUUGUGCUCGACUCUGGCAGUUUCCAGUCGGCAUGUUUGGUUGGACAGCAAGAUACUGUAAAACACGUGGCUGUUUUGAAGAAGAGUGUCAUCUCUCUCCAUUACCUCUCUAAUGGUCAUCAAAAGUGGAUAGAGAAUAUACCAGAAAGUGAAACCGUAGAUUACCGGGCUGUAUACUCUGGUGGAAAUGGUGAAGUGUAUGUACUGGGAGUUGUUCCUCAUUCCCACAUUGCCAUUGUGGCUUACAGUGUGGAGGAUGGAGAGAUAAUCAAGCAGAUCUCAGUGGAAGCUCCGUGGCUGUCCAACAUACAGGCCAGCUGUGCGGUUAUCAGCCAGGGGAUGUUGACAUGUGUGGACUCCACAACUGUAUCUCUGUACAUGCUUGACUUGCAUGUACAGGCACAGAUGACCCAGAUACCCCUGCAGUCACUGGGACUUGAAGUCACCCCUGGCUUCCAGCCAGUACUGGUGUCUACCCAGCCCAACCCAGCUCGCCCUCCGCUGUCAGAGUUCCUCCUUCAGCUCGGACCUGAACACCACCUGCUUCUGCAGCUCAACAAUGGUCAGAUAGUUACACUGAGGGAUUUCAAGCCUGCCAUGCUGGUUUCAUUUGCUACCACUGGAGAAAAGACUGUUGCUGCUGUCAUGACGCCCAAGAAUAAAACUGCUUGUAGUCUCAACCUCUUUAGUGCAGAAACUGGACGCAGACUUCUAGACACAACACUGAUUUUUAAUAUGGAUCCUAACGGUGGGAAACCAGAAAGGCUGUAUGUACAAGCAUUCCUGAAGAAGGACGAUUCUGUGGGUUACAGGGUGAUGGUGCAGACAGAAGACCACACGCUCACUUUCAUACAACAGCCAGGGCGUGUAAUGUGGACAAGAGAAGAGGCCCUGUCAGAUGUGGUGACAAUGGAAAUGGUGGAUCUGCCUCUCACAGGAACGCAGGCAGAGCUGGAGGGAGAGUUUGGCAAAAAGGCUGCUAUUCAAGACGGCCUGAUGUCCAUGGUGCUGAAGAGGCUCUCCUCUCAGCUCAUCUUACUGCAGGCCUGGAUCGCCCACCUCUGGAAGCUCUUCUACGAUGCGCGGAAGCCUCGCAGUCAAGUCAAAAACGACGUGACCAUCGAGAACCUGUCCAGAGACGAGUUCAACCUGCAGAAGAUGAUGGUUAUGGUUACUGCAUCUGGGAAGCUCUUUGGGAUUGACAGCAAGACCGGCAGUAUUUUGUGGAGGCACUACCUGGACAAUGUCCCAUCUAAUGCAGCUUUCAAACUAAUGGUGCAACGGACCACUGCACACUUCCCUCACCCGCCACAGUGCACGCUGCUCAUCAAAGACAAGGACACAGGUCUGGCAAUGCUGCAUGUAUUUAAUCCCAUCUUUGGAAAGAAGAGUCACAUCACCCCGCCUGCUCUGCCUCAGCCGAUACUUCAGUCACUCAUGCUGCCUCUCAUGGACCAGGAUUAUGCCAAGGUCCUUCUUCUUGUUGAUGACCAGUACAAGGUGUCUGCUUUCCCCUCUACGAAGAAUGUGCUACAGCAGCUCCAGGAGAUGGCCUCAUCCAUAUUCUUUUACCUUGUUGACUCCAGCCAGGGAAAACUUUCUGGCUACAGACUACGAACGGACUUGUCGACCGAGCUGAUCUGGGAGAUUGUCAUCCCAACCGAGGUACAGAAGAUUGUCUCAGUCAAAGGGAAAAGGCCCAAUGAGCAUGUGCACUCCCAGGGCAGAGUAAUGGGAGACCGUAGUGUCCUCUAUAAGUACCUGAACCCCAAUCUACUGGCUGUGGUGACUGAGAGCACAGACUUGCAUCAGGAGCGAAGCUUUAUCGGGAUCCUCCUGAUCGAUGGCGUCACUGGUCGCAUCAUCCACGAGGCUGUUCAGAGAAAAGCCAGAGGACCGGUGCAUGUUGUGCACUCUGAAAACUGGGUGGUGUACGAAUACUGGAGCACCAAGUCUCGCAGGAACGAGUUCUCUGUAAUUGAGCUGUAUGAAGGGAUGGAACUCUACAACAGCACAGUGUUCAGCUCUCUGGAUCGGCCACACGCCCCUCAGGUGCUCCAGCAGUCUUACAUUUUCCCCUCUUCCAUUUCUACCAUGGAGGCCACACUGACCGAGAAGGGCAUCACCAGCCGCCAUCUGCUCAUUGGCUUGCCGUCUGGAGGGAUUUUGUCAUUACCCAAGAUGUUCCUUGACCCUCGGAGGCCAGAAAUUGUAUCUGAGCAAAGCCGGGAAGAGAACCUGAUACCAUACGCACCAGAGCUGCUGAUCCGCACAGAGUGGUUCAUCAACUACAAUCAGACUAUAUCAAGAGUGCGAGGAAUUUACACUGCCCCCUCUGGACUGGAGUCAACCUGCUUGGUGGUGGCAUACGGUCUCGACAUCUACCAGACACGUGUCUAUCCCUCAAAGCAGUUUGACGUACUAAAAGACGACUACGAUUACAUGCUGAUCAGCAGCGUUCUCUUCGCCCUUUUCUUCGCCACCAUGAUCAGCAAACGCCUGGCAGAAGUCAAACUGCUCAACCGGGCCUGGCGGUAAAGCAAUCGUCAAAAAUCCCAUCUCUUACAGCCCCGAGGCUGCACGAAGGACCUCAGCCCGAGGAGAUGAGGCGGCUGAGGCUGCGCCUGUAGAAGAACACAGGCCAAAGAUCAAUAAGGCCCAUAAGGAACUGCAGGGGUGAGGGGACGGCGGGGUGGGGGUGAAAGGAGGGAUUAGUAGAGGUUUUAUGUGUUUAUUUUUUAACUUAUUUUUUUGCAAGCACAAGAAAUAAUUUCAUGGUAGAAUAAUGUUUUUUUUUGUGCCAUGUCAUUUUGAAUAAAUGUUUAACACAGAACUAAUUACAAAUAAAUGAAACAGACUUGGAUUUAAUAAAUUGUCAAGUUUUGAAAUUCCCAUACAUGUGAAAGUUAAUUUGCUCAAGGGACAGUUCACCCCAAAAUCAAAAAUCCAUAUUGUUCCUCAGGAUAAUCCACACAUCUUGAGAGCAGUUUCUUGUAGUAUUUUUUUUCUUUCUACUGAAUUACACCGUCCAACUGUACGCAUCUACUGGUGGACGAGAGGCUUGUGCUCAGGACUGUGUGAGAUGUAUGCCUGCGUGUUAUGUAAUGGCACCCUCCUCACCUGAGCUGUAAUGUUAGCUAGCUCAGUGGUGCUAAGUGAGCUAGUAGAUGCACACUUCCUUCUGAGUGUUGAUACAGUUUGUGGGUGUAGCUCAGUAAAAUAGUUCCCACAUAAAACUGCUCACAACUAGGUCUGUGGAUUAUCUUGAGUAACUGGGUCAUGAUUGCUGGGAAGAGACAUUGCUGUUGAGUUUUUGUUAUUUUUGGGCGCUUUAAGCUCCUCAAGCUGAGUGCCAUUUAGUUCCAUUAUAUUGGAGAGAAGGCAGACAUCCUUACAUCUGAUAUCUCCAACACUCAGAAACUUACACCAAACACUCUUAGACUGACCAACAGCACUACAGGUAAAAGGAAAAAUCUGUAUUUUUGAUUUUUGAGGUGAACUGUCCCUUUAAGCAAUGUUAGUUUUUUCCAAGAUUAUUUUUGUGACAUUUCUGCUUCAUUAGGCUGCUCUAAUGGAGAGUGAUCAUAAAUGUAGAGGUCAGAGAAAAGAGAGACGGAAGACGUGCAUUACGUGCAAGCAUGAUUUUAUACAUUUAGCCUGCUGAAUCACCGUGAUACCUAAAAGCCACUGGGUUUGAUGGCCAAUGAAGUGUGAAGAGAAACUACAGAAUGGACAGCUUUCCUGAAGACUCUCCCACCACUGUUCUCACCAUCAGAUGCUUGAAAAAGGAAAAUGAACAUCAGUAGCCUUUAUGUUAUGUACAUCAAUCAUCCUGCAGCUCACACUGUGUGUGUGUGAGCAGUUUUAAACCCACUGUCGGCUACUGUUGAUGCUCCAUUAAAAUUUGUCCAAGAA